GUGGACAUGGUAUACCUGGACAGAGGGGGGGUGGCGGUGGACGUGGUAUACUUGGACAGAGGGGUGGCUGUGGACGUGGUGGUGGACGUGGUAUACUUGGACAGAGGGGUGGCGGUGGACGUGGUAUACUUAGACAGAGGGGUGGCGGUGGACGUGGUAUACUUGGACAGAGGGGUGGCGGUGGAGGUGGUAUACUUGGACAGAGGGGUGGCGGUGGACGUGGUAUACGUGGACAGAGGGUUGGCGGUGGACGUGGUAUACUUGGACAGAGGGGUGGCGGUGGACGUGGUAUACUUAGACAGAGGGGUGGCGGUGGACGUGGUAUACUUAGACAGAGGGGUGGCGGUGGACGUGGUAUACUUAGACAGAGGGGUGGCGGUGGACGUGGUAUACUUGGAC